AUGCCCCCGGGACUGCAGACUGUGGGAGUUUUUGAAGGGUCCCGCAACGUUUCUCUCGCUAACAGCUCAGUCCAUAUCGAGGAUCGUCUUGAAGCGAUCCACCCAGUUAGCUUCAGCAUUUGGAAGAGUGUCAUCGCACCUAGCGCCUUCCACAACUCAGACGAGAAGUACAACCCGCCGAGAUGCCAUCCUCGGACUCGUGAAGCCCUCCUCGGGAAAAUCAUGUCCUGGGUGCGGGGCGAAAUUGACACUCAACCCUUGGUGUUUUGGUUGAACGGGCUCGUGGGUGUUGGCAAAUCAGCAAUGGGACAAACGAUUGCGGAGAUUUGUGAGCAGGAGGGCCUGCUCCCCGCAAGUUUCUUCUUCUCCCGCUCAAAUCUCACGCGAAACAACAGAAAUCUCUUCGUCACUACACUGGCCUACCAGAUCGCAUUGGCUGUCCCCCAUGCCCGACGCUGCAUUGAGCUGGCGUUCGAGCAUGACCCCGUCAUCAAUACCCAGUCGCUGGAAACUCAGGUCAGGAAACGAGUCAUCGAACCCCUCGACAUCAUCAAUCAAGCCAGUGAUUCCAUUCGGGCAUCAGGUGGCCGCCUCAUUUUCCUCGUUACUAGCCGUUCUGAGCAAGAGAUUGCACUCAAGCUCCACUCAGUUCCCAUGGUCCAUGGAGGAUAUCUCAAUGUACACCCUCGACGUCUCUUGCGACUCAGACGCUGA